UUUUUUACCUGAUAUUUUUAAAACAGGUCGUCUCUUCUCUCUUCCUCCGACCUGGUCACAUCCUCGACGGCUCCACUCUUCUAUCCAAUAGUCUUCCUUCUUCGUCGUCAUUCUCAAAUCUUUUUGAGAUUCUUCUAAUUAGAAUAUCCAAAAUUGAUCUCUCCUCCUUGACUCUCUAUUCCUCUGUAUCCACCGGUUUCCAAAUCGGAGUCAAACCGGCUCCGAUCUUUCUCCAGGGUUCGUAAUUUCAAUUUCAUUUGGUCUGAUGGGAUCGGAGCCUCGGGAUUACCCGAGGCGGAAACUUGUUGACUUGCCUGUUCUUCACAAAUUCAAACUCUACAGCACUCACACGAAUUUUUACUUGAUUGGGAGAGACGAGAACAAAACCUUUUGGAGGAUACUCAAGAUUGAUCGAACGGAUCCAACAGAGUUGAAUUUAUUUGAAGAUCCUACAAGGUAUACACAUGAUGAAAUAGUCCAACUUAAAAAAUGGAUAAGUAGAGGGAACCAGAAGCAUGGUGGCCUUAAAGCUGAGCUAACUUGCUAUGGAAUCAUUGGGUUUGUGAGAUUCUUGGGGCCUUAUUACAUGCUUGUGAUUAAAAGAAGAAAGAAAGUUGGUGAUAUCUGCGGUCAUGCUAUUUAUGGUAUAGCAGAGAGUCAAAUGAUCAUGAUUCCAUAUCCUUCCAGUGAGACAAGAGUGGCUAACUCUUUAGCCGAGAGAAGGUACAAAAAUCUCCUAAAAAUGGUGGAUGUCAGAAAAAACUUCUACUUCAGUUACACAUAUCACCUCAUGUAUACGCUCCAGAAGAACGUAUGCAACUCUGAGAGAGGGAAAAUUCACGACGAAACCAUGUUCGUGUGGAAUGAAUAUUUAACACAUGGGAUUAGAGGGAUCCUCCAGAAUACUGUAUGGACAGUUUCACUUGUAUACGGUUUCUUUCAACAGACCAAGUGUUCAGUAUCUGAUGAAGAAUUUGUAUUGACUGUCAUUGCUCGGCGUUCACGCCUUUAUGCUGGUACAAGAUAUUUAAGGCGUGGUAUAAAUGACGAAGGCAACGUAGCUAAUGAGGUUGAGAUAGAGCAGAUUGUUAUCAAAGAGGUUCCAGAGGGUCAGAAAAUCCCAAUGACAUCAAUUGUUCAGAUGCGAGGCUCCAUACCUCUAUUUUGGUCACAGGAGACAUCUGUUUUCACCCCACAACCUGACAUUAUAUUGAACAAUAAGGACGUGAAUCACGUGGCUACUCGGCACCAUUUUGAGGAUCUGAAACAGAGAUAUGGGAAGGUGAUAAUCAUCCUGAAUCUUCUAAAGACAGGAAAACAUCGAGAAAACAUCUUACGAGCAGAGUUUGGAAAGGCAAUUUGGUCUAUCAACAAAGGCACAAAGAGAGAGGACCAUUUAAAAGCAAUCCAUUUUGAUCUAAACAAACACUACAAAAGUGGAGCUGAUGGUGCAUUUGAGCACUUGUGUAACUAUGGGAAGAGAGCAUUGGAAUUAAUUAGCUUGUUUUUCUGUGAAGCUCCUUCAGGUGUAGGAGCUGAAGGUGUAGUUAAAGACUCAUUUUCCAAUAACCCUAUUCUGAAUCAAGAUGAAGAGGCAAUUAUUCCAGAAGAAGAAGAAGAUUUGAAGGCAGAUAUAUUUAUGCUUCAAAAUGGGGUCUUGAGGUCAAACUGCAUAGACUGCUUGGAUCGUACUAAUGUUUCUCAGUAUGCCCACGGAUUGGUAGCUCUUGCUCGUCAACUGCAGCUAUUAGGGAUCACAGGACCUCCUAUAGUCGAUAAGAACAAUCCCUUGGCAAAGAAAUUGAUGGAAGCUUACGAAAAAAUGGGUGAUGCAAUUGCAAUGCAGUAUGCUGGCUCGGAUGCACACAUCAAGAUGUUCAGUGCUUUGAGAGGUGAUUGGAACAUGAUGAUGAAGCACCGUGAUAUGAUUACAGCUGUGCGUCGCCAUUACAAUAACGCUUAUCAUGACAGUGAAAAGCAGAAUGCCAUCAAUAUGUUUUUAGGACAAUCUGGGCCUCAAUUGGGGAGGGCAGCCUUAUGGGAGUUGCGGGCUGACCAGCGCAACACUGGAAGAAGUUCUAACCUAGAUAUAGAAAAUCUAAGGCCAAGAAUGUCCAGAUCCUUUUCUGAUAACCUCCUCUUGGAGGGUGUGGAUAUUGAGGAGCUGAUACAUGAAAAUCAUCAGCCUUCACGUGAAGGAUUAAACUGUUGCUGGGAAACCACUUCAAAAGUUGGAUUCUUUGAGCCAGAACCAGAUACUCCAAGCGUCAACUCUGAAGAUCAUUUGAGAGGAACAACAUCAAAGCAUAUGUUUCCAGACAAUGGCUCUACGUCUGAUUCUCACGAGCUGGAUGAUGUACCUGGUUUUUCACACUCAUAUAAUGCUAAGUUCACUACCGCAGAUGAAAUGUUUGAACGUUGCAGCUCCAUGUCGUCAGAUAACAUGUUCAGCGACAUAGCCGAGUCCUUCACUUCUACAGCUGGCACAGACCAUUUUGAGUUUCUUCCAGGUCCAAAUCAACCAGAAGAUAGAUAUGUUUUAGUACCUGGCUUCUCAAACGAUUUCUGUCAAUGGGUGCAAUACGGAAGAGCAUUGUAAAGGGUGUGGAAAUAAAACUGGGCUAUUCAGGGGAAGGUUUACUUGGCAGAUACGGCAGGGUUGGAUAGACAUGAAUGAUAACAUGAUGCACACAAUAACAGCCACAUCUUUGUAAAAACCCAACUCAGCUUUGUAAAGGUCCACAUUUGUUGUUUCUCUUUUUUUUUCCUACCUAAAUUGAUUUCUAUCUCUUUUCUUAUCACCCACAAACUAUGAUUUUGUUUGUUUUAUUUUUGGAAUAUAGAGUGUUUGGUUUGUUUAAUCAAUAAAGUGUGUGACUAGAAGAAGUUGGAAGUAACAUGCCC